UCAGGAAUAGAAACGACGCCGUUGAAUCUCCAAUGCAUCAGCAAAGGCAGCCCAAAAUAUAUAUUUGCUCUCCCCCUUUCCCACUUGCCAGUAAUCUGCAUCCAUAACCAAGCAGGCUUAAGAAUCUGCAUAUCCACUAAGUGAUAUCGCAUGGACUUUACGCAUUGAUACCUCAACUGAUUAAGGGUUGCAAUUAGAUUGACGUUUAUAAUGGGUUCUGCUGGGACCAGCGGAGAUCAGAAAAUCAAUGUGUAUAUAUGGGACAUGGACGAGACUCUAAUAUUGCUCAAGUCUUUGAUAAAUGGAACAUAUGCUGAAGCAUUCAAUGGUGUAAAGAAUGUACAAAAUGGUGUAGAAAUGGGGAAGAUGUGGGAGAAUCAUAUUCUUCAAAUAUGUGAUGAUUAUUUCUUCUAUGAACAAAUUGAAAACUGCAAUCAACCAUAUUUGGAUGUCAUGCGUGAAUAUGAUGAUGGUCUAAACCUCUCUGGUUAUGAUUUCCAUCAUGAUGGUUUUGGGCCCCCAUUUGAUGAUGUCAAUAAAAGAAAAUUAGCAUACCGCCACCGGGUUAUAGCUCAGAAGUACAAAAAGGGGUUACACAACAUCAUUGACCAAGACAUGGUGAAAUCCUGGGAGAUUCUCUAUGAUUCAACUGACAGAUAUACAGAUAGAUGGUUGUCUUCAGCUCGGGGGUGCUUGGAGCACUGUGCUGCUGGGAACACAGACCUCAUACCCCCUAUAGACUCAACUCAUAGAUCUAAUUGUGCAAGGACUGGAUGUGAUCAUGUAAAUGUCUUAGUGACUUCUGGAUCACUGAUUCCUAGCCUUGCCAAAUGCUUACUCUUUCGACUGGAUGGUCUGAUUGCUUGUGAGAAUGUGUAUAGCUCAUGGGAAGUGGGGAAGCUCCAGUGCUUUUCAUGGAUAAGAGAACGAUUUAGCAGGCCAAAUGUCCAGUUUUGUGUUGUUGGCGACGGUUGGGAGGAAUGUGAAGCUGCAGAAGCAAUGAGAUGGCCAUUUGUUAAAGUUGAUCCAUGGUCAACCAGUUAUCAUAGGUUUCCAGGCCUGACAUUGAAAGACUUGAAUCUCUAUCAGUCUGUUGUAUAUGGAAAUCCUGAGGGAGAAAACGAAGAGUAAUUCAAUAUACUCAGAACACAAACUUUAGUGCUGAAGUUAGCUGAUUUUGAGGCCCUGCUUGAGUAAAUUGAGGCUGCAGUUUAUGCAAUAAAAGUUCCUGAGAGCCAUAUAAUUCUGGAUGGUGAACUGAGUCGGAUCAUUUCGAUAGCCAGAAUACAGUGGCUGGUUCUAUUCUUCAACUUCCAAAGGAGUAGAUCAAGUGCUUUCCACUCAUUCCUUGUGCAUGGCUUCUAAGCUUUACCAACUUCCAUGAAGAAGAAGAUGAUGACCAAGCCAUUGGAACACACAUUCAUGAAAAACGUCCAAAGAGAUGGCAAAUGUUUUACACAUCCAUGAAAAACGUACAAAGAGAUGCCAAAUGUUCUUUUCUCUUUAAUGGGUCUUGCAAUAUGUUAAUAUCCAUGCUGCAUGCACAUUUUGGCAAUUGAAACCUAUAAAUGAAUGAUUUGGAUA